AUGGCGACAGACAACCACAUCAACACCCCCAAAAUCUCUCAGAAGAAAGACGUAAGGCCCAAACGCAGCAAAUCGGCAUCCAGCCUGAGCGUUCCUAGUAGUCUUGUCAUGAACCGGCAGCUUCAGUUGACCCAACGAUUCUCCCAGGUAAGCAAGGGAGGACUAAAUGUCCCUGAUAUUAAUAUGAUUGAGUCUCUGUCCAACGAAGGACUGGUGGCAAAUCGAAAGCGCCAAAUAGCUGGAAGACUUUCCACUGCUGCUGCUGCUGCUGGUGGUGGUACAUACGAUAACAGGGGCAAUGCCGUCUGGUCAUCGUCUCCCAAGAAAAGUCUGAGCGCCUGCAAGAGUUUCCCACCGGAACGAAAGGGAUCCCCGGAAGACUCGGAUGCAUCCUUGGGCACCGUGGAAAGUGGCCAGAACCGUGUUGCAACCCUACGGGAACAGUUCGAUCACAGCCACAGCGGUCAUACGCUCGACACCACCAACAGCAGUCGACACAGUCUGGAGAGCGACGCUAGUUCCUCAAGCACGGCUGAAGUCAGUGAUGAUGACGGCGAUGAUGAUGAUUGCUCAGUGGGAAGCUUAAGCUUCAGUCAAGAUGAUGAUGAUGAAGAUGAGGAUUUCACAGAAGAUGUAACCAGUACUGUGAAUACCCCAGCAGACAUGACUGAGAAGAAAGAGAAGGAGAUUCAAGAGUUGCUUCACGAAGCAUCCUUCAACACUACCUUUCUCAAGGUGCAAGGAUCUUCUGGUAAGGACUACCGGCAGACGGGGAGGGGUUGCCUCUUUGUGGUGGCGGACGAUCGGUUGGGCAAAACCAAGGUCAUCCAAAGCAAGCUGAACAAGGCAGCAAAAAAGAUACAGCGCUUCUUUCGAUACUCCAUGGCCAUUCUGGUGCUUCACGGAGACGAGCUACAAUACUGGCGCCAAUGCAUCGACGAUUGCGAACGCCGCCGACAGGAAGAGUUGAUACAACUGCAACACAUGGUGGAGAUUCAGAAACAUCAGUUCCAAGUGGAACUCGAACGAGAGACUUCUCACAAGCUAGAGAAGGACCUGGAAGAAACACAAGAUGUGCUGACCCAACACCAGCGGGAAUGGACUUUGGAAAAGGAAGAACAUGAGACACUGCGAGCAGACAUUAGCAAGAUUACUCACGAGAAUCUGCUUCUAAAGGCUCAGGUCAACGACCCUGUCCAGGCUGACAAGAAGAAAGAUUUGGAGGAAAAGAUCCAGGUGGUGGAAUUCCAAAAGCAGCGCUUCGGUGAGGCAUUUGAUCAGUUGAAAGGAUUGUGUUUGGAACUGAAGGACAAGAUUCGAGUCUCGAACGAAAAGGCCUCCACAGAGCAGUACCAAAAGAGCGCGUUGAGGCAGUGCAUUUAUCGCAUCAUUCAACGUUUGGCCAACAGUGAAGAAGUAAACCAUGCUGACUCCGAACUCGCGAAUCUGAUUCUACAGCUAUGGCCACAAGCAGAAACCGAUUUCCUCAAGGCACGCAGUCACCGGAAAGAGAGCCAUCACGACGAGCCCGUGGCCACGACAGAGCCAACGAAAAGCGAGCAUCAGGAGCUGACAAUCUCUAGCAACGGCGGUGACCUCAACAGCUCUUCUUUGGAAAUCCCUGCUGUUGUGGCAACGUCCAAGAAAUGCUCUACCAGGAGCAGCAACGCCGACGGACAACCGGCCGAGCCCGUGUCAUCGCGUACGGUCAUGAAGGACUCUAGUUUGCGCGAUAGUGCUCGUUCCAGCAAGCGAAAGGGUUCUUCCAAGUCGUCCAUGCGCAAAUCUGGGUCAAGCCCCCUGCAAUCUCUCAUUGAGUGCACCACCGGAGGCACUAGGAAAAGUGGAGAGCCAAAACGAAGCAGUGGCAAAGAGCUCAAAUCUGGGUCAAGCCCCCUGCUGUCUCUGAUUGAGUCCAACAAGAACGAAGGCACGAGUACCAGUACUUCCAAGUCGUCGAUGCGUAAAUCCGGGUCAAGCCCCUUGCUCUCUCUGAUUGAGUGCACCACCGGAGGCACUAGGAAAAGCGGAGAGCCAAAACGAAGAAGUGGCAAAGAGCUCAAAUCCGGGUCAAGCCCCCUGCUGUCUCUGAUCGAGACAACCGGAAGCACUCGUAGUCCUUCCAAGUCGUCCAUGAAUAAAUCCGAGUCAAGCCCCCUGUUAUCUCUGAUUGAGUCCACCACCGGAGGCACCACUAGUAUUAGCGGCACUCCUAAACGAAGCAGUGGCAAAGAAGUGAAGGACAAGGACAAGAAGAAGAAGAAGAGUCGUAGCAAGGACAACGAAAAGUCUGACAAAGGUGGCAAGAGCAGCAGUAAGAAGAGCAGCAGCAAGGGCAAAAGCAAGGACAAGAAAAGCAAACGGAGCAGCAGUGAAUCUUCGCCUUAG